CUAUCAUCUUGUGUGGGUGCUUGUCGAUACAUGCAGACAGUCACCGAGACAGCUGUGUAUAUGUCUGUCUGGCUGUCUGUCUGUCUGGCUGUCUGUGCAGAAGCAAGUGUUAGUUAACUGAACCAACCAUCCAUCUCUUCCAUGUUGUUGCCUGAGGGACCUCAACAUUGGACGUGAAAAGCCGUCAUAAGGCUUCCAUGCAGCCGCGCAUAAAUGUGCGUGUCUACCGCUCCGCCCCCUCCUCCCCACUCUCGCCCUCCAGCUGGCCGUCCACAAUGUCGCCCUUCCCCUCGCCAUCGCUGCCGAUAUCAUCAUCUGCCCCUACAUUUGUCUCAACCUCAGCGGCCUGCACCUCGAGGCCCACCGCACGCUGUGCGUCGACGCGAUCCCGAGAAUGGUCGAAAAGAAACUGGAUUGCCUGAAUGAAUGAAGCCAAGGCCGCGCACUGACAGUCACUAUUUGCCUCGUGUCCCUUGUCGCCACGUGUGUGCCUUGCUGGAUGGCUACCCGCAUGGCGAUCUGCACGUCAUUGUGUGCCUGCAGGUCAACUAUCUUGUCCACACCGCCGGCCUGCAUGGAAGUCAGAGAAAGAUAACCGUGGUAUGGUGUGGGCGCAUUCUCCCGUUCGCUCACCUGCUCUAGUAGUGUGUGGUAGGGGUUGUUCGGGAGGCCCUCGUUGGCCUGCUUCUGCUCACCCGCACUGAUACACACGCACGACACGCGAGCAGCAGGCAAUCGGUGAACGGUGCACACACACUAUCGUUGUGUGUGUUGCGUGCUAGUACCAUAAUAUCUUGUCCAGCGACAUGAUUGUGAUCACUCGACUGUAAUCGUGGAUGUCGAUCAGGUCACAGAUGGGCUGGAUGCCGCCACACUCAACCACAUACUCAACCUGCAUGGAGAGAAUGAAUUGACAUACACACGGGCUCAAACAAAGGUGACCCAUCGGAGUGUGGGGCUGUUGACUAGUCAGCGCGCCCACCUGUUGCUGCGAUCCUCCUAAGGCUAUGUUUGCGACGGCCUGCCCUGCCACACGCUUCAGGUUGCCAUGGGUCUCCCCGUUGGAGGCCACAUCGACCAGCAGCGGCACCAAAUCAGCAUCGAUGACGGCCUGCCGGUGGGCAGUGGUGCCUGCAUCCAAUCCACACACCACACACCACACAGCACCCUACACGUGACGUUCCUCGAUGCAGUGGGUUAGUGAACAUUUGUCUCACCUGCCGUGGUGAACCUGAGGAGCAAACCCGCGAUUCCCUGUGCACCAACCUCGGCUGUCUCGAUCAGCGUUUUGAUCGAGGCCAUGGCGCCACACUCCACCAACGCGUCACGGCCAGCGUCGGUACCUGAGCACAUGGGCAGGAAGGUCAAAGCGGACCCUGCAUCUCAGGACGAUCUCCAAGCCCAUUCCCAGGCUCUCUUGCACACUGACCGUCUUCCCCAACACACGACCUCGCGAAGAGCCUCAAAGCCGCUCGUGUAGGCUGCGGCACGAGCUCGUCCUGCUUAGUCGUGCAAAUGAGGCCGACCAGGAUGGGCACGAAGGGGGCGAACUCGGCCAGUGGGGCAGGGAGGGGCGAAUUCGCGGAGACAUCCAACAGAUCGCUCAGUAGACAGGCGCCAAUGGCGAGCACCUGGCUGUUGCUGCUCUCGCGCAUCGCCUUCAGCAGCGGCUCCAGCACGCCGGCCGCCACCACGGCAUCGCGACGGGCCACCGAUCCGACCGUGAUGCUGCGCAGCGCCGCGAUGGCCGCUGUGCGCACAUCGUCAUCGGGUGACGACACGAGCUGCACCAGGGGCAGGACGGCACCAGCAUCCACCACCGCCUCGGCGUGGUGAAUCGCCAGUCCGCUAAGGAACAAUGCCGCAAUUUUCUGCACCUCGUCGCAUCCGCUCAGCUGCUCGACCAACACCGGCACCAGGCCGAUGUCGACAGCCUUCUGCCCCUUGGCACCCUCCAGGUGCUCGAUGGUCAGCAGCUUCCACAGCUGCAUCAUGGCGUGAGUCCGAAGCUGCUGCUGAUCUCUUGUCGACGCCAUCAGGUUGCGGAGGUCGGCCAUGACGGCGGCGAUGUCGGUCUCGACGGCAUCCAACCCCCGCUGCUGCACUUGGUGGUCAUAGGCCUCCUUGGUGUGAAUGCCAUCGAAGAGUCGUGCCGCCUUGACGAGUACUGCCUGGGGCAAGGGAUGCUCAUCU